AUGUAAGCCAGAUCAGAGAUCUUUAGAAUCUCAGGUUGCGGUCUUACUAUUUUUCAUCACAAUUCAGUCAUGAAUGAUCAAACACCUGCUUACUACAACGCGGAUGCAGUGCGUCCGCUUCUCACCUGGCCGUUGGUGAAUGAGGCGGUGGAAUCGGCCCUCAAGGCGGUGGUCAAGACCUCCUCUGCCUGGGCCGCCCAGCCAAAGAGAACUUUCACACCGAUCGGCUCUAAGGGAAGCGAUCCAGCCAAGGGUGUUCUGCUAACCAUGCCCGCUUUUGUGGGAAACUAUGAGAAAGCCUCUGGAGGAGGGAACUCUACUCUGGCCUGCAAGCUGGUGACCUCAUUCAGUGGCAAUUCCCAGCGCCAGCCCCCUUUGCCCAGGAUCCUGGCUCAUGUGUUGGUUUUCAAUCACCAGACUGGCCAACUGGCAGCCAUCAUGGAGGCCACGGAUCUGACCACCAGGCGGACAGUAGCCGCUUCGUUGGUCUCCACCAAGUACCUUUACUUCCGGCGGUUCGGUCCAGAUGCGGAAGUGAAGCGUCUUAUUACGGUGGCCAUUGUUGGAUGCGGGGUCCAGGGUCAGAUGCAUGCCCUGGCCUUUUGCCAAAAUUUCCGGGUUAAGCAACUCAACUUGUACAAUCGCUCCAGGGCCAAGGCCGAGGAGCUGGAGAAGCUCAUUGCACUGGAGUUGGGUGGUCUAGGUCAGGCGGUGAAGAUUUGUGAGAGUUCCAGUGAAGCCUGCCACGAGGCGGAUGUCAUCUGUGUGGCCACCUUUGCCAAGGAGCCUCUUAUCCACAUUGAGGACCUAAAGUCCAGUGGCUGUGUUCACAUAAACGCUGUGGGCGCUGGAGAGAUUCACUUUUCGGAGGUGGCACCCAGUGUCUACCACAAGGCCAAGGUGUAUGUGGACUGCUACGCCAACGCCGAGGCGGAGCUAGUGGGUCUGCCAGCUCCCAUCACCGCCGAAGUGGGGGAAGUAAUUCUCAACGAGGAGUACCCCAAGGAGCAGGACAUAACCAUUUUCCAGUCAAUGGGAAUGGCUUCGGAGGAUGCUUGUGUGGCCCAAGCUGUUCUGGAUGCCAUCAACGCUGGAAAGGAUUAAUAAACACCAAUGGAAUCACUUCUCCUCUGUAUAUAUGUGUAUAUAAAAAAAAAAUCAAUUGGAAACAUAA